AUGGCAGUUAAACAAGAGCCCUCAGCUCAUGGCAAGAAGAAUGCUGAUAAUGAUGAUCACAACAAUAACCUUGAUUAUUAUUCGAAAGGAUCGAAUAACGAAGGGGUCUACAGCGCGGUAUUUAACUUAACCACAACGAUAAUCGGGGCUGGAAUCAUGGCAUUACCCGCCACAAUGAAAGUUCUUGGCUUGAUCGCCGGACUUGUUAUGAUCAUCUUGAUGGGUGUUAUAACGGAAGUCAGCGUCGAGUUGCUCCUUCGGUUUACCGUUCAAUGCAAAGCCACAUCAUACGGGGAGGUUGUCCGACAAGCAUUAGGUUCACCUGGAAGAAUCUUGGCUGAAAUUUUUAUAGUUGUGAACAAUGCUGGUAUUUUGGUGGUUUAUAUGAUUAUUAUAGGUGAUGUAUUCUCGGGUUCGGAAGAACAUGUUGGAGUUUUUCAUCAAUGGUUUGGUAACGGGAUUUGGGACGAUAGAAGACUCGUCAUGUUGAUUGUGUUAAUCGUGUUUCUUGCGCCACUUUGCGCGUUAGACAAGAUUGAAUCAUUGAGUAUGUCAUCAGCUGUUUCUGUGGUUCUCGCAGUUCUUUUCGUGGUAAUCGCUUGUCUAGUGGCGUCUAUCAUGUUAAUUAAAGGUAAACUCGCGGCUCCUAGACUAAUGCCUGAUUUUAGUUCGACAAAAGCGAUUCUCGAUCUUCUGGUUGUGAUCCCUAUCAUGUCGAAUGCGUACGUUUGUCACUUUAAUAUUCAACCGAUUUACAACGAACUCAAAGGGCGUUCGCCUAAAAAAAUGAACAAAGUUGGCAGGAUAACGACCGUUAUUUGUGUUACAGUUUAUGCGCUCACCGCGCUCUCGGGUUAUCUUCUAUUUGGGGAAAACACGGAAGCCGAUGUGCUUACGAAUUUCGAUAAACCUCUCGCUAUUCGUUUUAGUGCGGUUUUAAAUUACAUUAUUCGCGUGGGUUACAUUUUUCACUUGAUUCUCGUUUUUCCCGUGAUUCACUUCUCGUUAAGGCAAAACGUCGAUGCAUUGGCUUUUAGUGGCGUGGCGCCACUAAGCGAGAGCAAGAAUAGGUGUUUAGGGUUAACGUGUGCGAUUUUGGGGGUUAUAUUUUUGGCAUCGGUCAUGAUCCCAAGCAUAUGGACUGCUUUUAAGUUUACGGGUGCAACCACGGCUGUGUCGUUAGGGUUCAUUUUCCCAGCUCUUAUCGCGCUACGGUUGAGCGGCAAAGGAGGGCCUGGUCUUACUAGUGGAGAGAAAUUGUUGUCAUGGAUGAUGUUGAUCCUAGCGAUCACGGUUAGCAUCGUUGGAGUACUUGGAAACGUUUAUGGUUUGUCAGUCUGA